AUGGAAUAUCUCCGACAGCAGCUGUCCCCAUGUGAGGUGGAGAUGGCGGUGUCCGGCCACCACGCAGCCUGGAUUCAGCCCAGCAGCUCCCGGUCGGGGCCUCUGGUGCGCAGAUCCGCUCAUCUCUUCGUGGGGGGCAUCCCAUUCGGCCGCACCCUCGCCCCGGGUGCCGAACCGAUAACCAACUACACGGGCUGCAUCGAGAUCACAGAGCUUAUUCAGCCGAGCGCAUUCUUGCUGUUACGAGCCAUUGGCAGAGGCAGCGUGGAGAGAUGCAGGAACAUGCCACGCCCCGCCUCACCUACCCCAACAACGGUGGCCUGCGAUGGCGCUCCCUGCCUCAAUGGUGCUACCUGCAGGGCACUGCAGCUGCGGCCUGGAGGGGCAGCGUCCUUCGCCUGUGACUGCCCCCUGUAUUUCAGCGGUCGUCUUUGCGAGCAAGACACUCCUGUGUUUUCCCCGUAUUUCCACGGUGAUUCGUACCUGGAACUGCCUCCUCUCUCAUCACUCCUUCAGCAGGAUGGGGCAACCGGGGGGGCGCCUUCCGUGCAGGGCGGGGUAAACGCAGUGACGCUGUACCUCACGCUGAAGAGUGCGUCUCCCCACGGCACCUUGCUCUUCAGUCAGGAACGAGGUACUGGUGAGCGUUUCCUCCACGUGUUCCUCAUGGAUGGCAGAGCCAUGCUGAGACUGCGGUGCAGCAGGACACUGCUGCUGACCCGGGUGGCAGCGGGACGUGUCUCCAGGGGCCGCCUCACACCCAUCGUGGUUCAGCAGGUGGCGGGACGUGUCUCCGGGGGCUGUCUCACACCCAUCGUGGUUCGGCAGGUGGCGGGACGUGUCUCCGGGGGCUGUCUCACACCCAUCGUGGUUCGGCAGGUGGCGGGACGUGUCUCCGCGGACUGCCUCGCACCCGUCAUGGUUCAGCAGGUGGCGGGACGUGUCUCCGGGGCCUGUCUCACACCCAUCGUGGUUCGGCAGGUGGUGGGACGUGUCUCCGAGGACCCCCUCACACCCGUCGUGGUUCCGUGA